UUACUAAUACAAAAUUAACAUCGACGAAUUUAUAUGCUAAGCAAAAUCAAACCCAAACUGUCUCUAUUUCUCAGAUUUCCCCUUUAAUCGGACUCUUUCUCGUCCUCUUCUUCCUCACCUUCUCAGCUCUUGCUUCAGCCUGUAAGCCAAGAAGCCAGGGCUUUCGUCCUUAACCUUCCUUUAAUGCUGCAGAUCUAGCUCUGGGCUAGGGCUCUUCGUUCCAACCAGUUUCAUUUCGUCGAUUAUCCAACCAAAUCGUCGGAAAUUUACGUAGAUCCGGAUCAGAGUUCGAAAUACGUAGCUUAGAAAACGAAAAGUAUGAGUGAGAACCAGAAGUUUCAGCUGGGGACUAUAGGUGCUUUGACUUUAUCGGUCGUGUCCUCUGUCUCCAUUGUCAUUUGCAACAAGGCCCUUAUCACUACUCUCGCUUUCACCUUUGCCACAACUUUGACAAGCUGGCAUCUCCUGGUCACAUUUUGUUCUCUUCAUGUGGCCUUAUGGAUGAAAUUGUUUGAGCAUAAACCUUUUGAUGCGAGAGCUGUCAUGGGUUUCGGUAUAUUGAAUGGGAUAUCCAUCGGGCUUUUGAAUCUUAGUUUGGGUUUCAACUCUGUUGGUUUCUACCAGAUGACAAAACUGGCAAUUAUCCCCUGCACUGUUCUUUUGGAGACCCUUUUCUUCAGGAAGAAGUUCAGUAGGAAUAUCCAACUUUCAUUAGGCAUUCUUCUUCUGGGUGUUGGAAUUGCAACUGUGACUGAUCUUCAGCUCAAUUUCUUGGGUUCUAUCCUUUCUUUGCUGGCAAUUGUUACUACAUGCGUAGCUCAAAUUAUGACUAAUACCAUUCAGAAGAAGUUUAAAGUAUCUUCAACUCAACUUCUCUACCAGUCUUGCCCUUACCAGGCAUUAACUUUGUUCAUCGUUGGCCCAUUCUUGGAUGGGCUUUUGACUAACCAGAAUGUUUUUGCUUUCAAGUAUACCCCGCAAGUGCUGUUCUUCAUUGUUCUAUCGUGCAUGAUAUCUGUCUCUGUCAACUUUAGUACAUUUAUGGUAAUUGGAAAAACAUCCCCAGUCACUUAUCAGGUUCUAGGACAUCUGAAAACGUGCCUUGUUUUGGCUUUCGGUUAUAUUCUACUUCGUGAUCCAUUUAGCUGGCGUAACAUUUUGGGGAUCUUGAUUGCUGUAGUUGGAAUGGUCCUUUAUUCAUAUUGUUCCAUUCUUGAGAACCAGCAGCAGAAGCCUAGUGAAGUAUCAGCACAGCUGCCACAGGCUAAAGAAAGUGAAAGCGAUGUUCUGAUUAGCAUGGAUAACGGAAGUGGGAGGUUGAGUGACGGCAGUGUUCCAAAAUCUCCUCCUGUAUGGAAGUCAGACAAGGACCUACAAGCCUAAAGUCUUGGAAAUGUUGCUAUAUUCAUUGGUGAAAGAUAAUAGUAACUGUAAAACUGUUCCACUGAUGAAGAUGUUGCUGGUAAGGGUGGCUUUUUAUGUGUUGAGCGGAGCAACAAUAAUCGGUUCGGGGUGGGUGAGUUCAUUUUUGAGAUGACACCCUGUUCUAUAGAAUGAAUGAAUGAAUGAAUGAAUGAAUGAAUGAAUGCUAGUUUGAAGGGUGGGAAGGAAUGCAUAAUUCAUCAAUUAAGUUAUGUGUUUACAGUUCUAUAUUUUUUAAGCAAUGAAGGGAAGGCCUACGUACCCUGAAUGGAUAUAUGCUUGUUUAUUUAGAUACAUGUUUGUUUCCUC